UACUCAGGGCAGCUAGUUAUCCAGAUAGGGACGUUAGCUAAGUAGCGAAAUUUGGCAGAAUCUAUCUUAUUUUGGACUAGCUAAUUAUUUGAUAUACUACUGAUUACAUAUCAUGAAGAUAAUAUAAACCAGUAACGGAAGAUCCGAACGCAGAAUUAUCGUGGACUGCAUAUUUGGCGCUGGACGUCCCUUGCAUCCAAAAUUCCUAACAAGACAUGGGAGAACCCAAGCCAAUAAAGUUUGCCUCUACAGAGGAGGAGCUGAAUUACUGGAAGGAACAGGCUGCUAAACUCCAGCAGAGCGCAGAGGCAGCCCAGGAGGAGCUGCAGGAGUUUCAGCAGAUGAGUCGUGACUACGAGGCGGAGCUGGAGACCGAGUUGAAGCAGUGCGAGGCACGCAACCGGGAACUACUGUCACACAACAACCGUUUACGCAUGGAACUGGAGAGCUACAAGGAGAGACUGGAGACCCAGCAUUCAGAAGCUUUCAGACAGAUCUCCACCCUUGAGGCAGAUCUAGCAGAGACCACUGCUGUCAGAGACCAUUUGCAGAAGUAUAUCCGAGAACUGGAACAGGCGAAUGAUGACUUGGAGAGAGCCAAGAGGGCCACCAUUAUGUCCCUGGAGGACUUUGAGCAGCGCAUGAACCAUGUGAUCGAGAGGAAUGCCUUCCUGGAGAGUGAGCUGGAUGAAAAGGAGAACCUGCUGGAGUCUGUGCAGAGGCUGAAGGAUGAGGCCAGAGACCUGCGUCAGGAGCUGGCGGUGCAGCAGAAGCAGGAGCGCCGGCCGUCCCUCGGUCUGUCCAAGGACACAGACAAAACCGAACCGCUGUCCCGCCCCCAGUCCGGCCUCCCCUCCCACCCGGCCACCCCCUCAGGACAGCGCGAGUCAAACAGCGUGUUCGCGACCCCUCCAGCCUCCUACCGUAGAGGUGAUGGCCUGACUGGAACGCCCCUCACUACAUCUGCCCGCAUCUCUGCUCUCAACAUUGUCGGAGAGCUUCUUAGGAAAGUGGGGAACCUGGAAUCGAAACUGGCCUCCUGUCGAGAUUUUGUGUAUGAUCAGUCGCCAGGCAGAGCGGCCCUUACUGCUGGUCCUGUGACGCAUACAGCUCCGCAAGAGGGUCCUGAAAACCUGUCCAACACCAGCAGCCUGCCUUUGUUUGAGAAGGGCUUGGUGAAGCGGUUGGACUUUGGACCUGCAUCCCCUAAUGUUGCCUCCCAGGCAACCCAGUCUCCACAGGGGGUGGUGAAGAUUCUGCUGUGAGAUCACACCCCACACCCACAUUCCCCACGACAGACUUGGCUGGCCCAGCUUUGCUUAUGGAAGGCUAUGCUGCAUUAAUUCCCCUUACCCCCUAAACUCCAGCAGUUUAACCAUGACCUAAGAAGCCUCAGUUCUCCUGGCCACACCACCACAGGCCUGAUUCAGACCGUCUCACUCCACAGACCUUUUCCGCUGAAAGAACUGGAACAGGAUGGAAGAGCUGAGAUAUCCUUGCCCUGCAAUAAUCCAUUAUCCGCCCUCACCCCAGGAUCUGCUGCCAGCUGUCCCUCUUUGUUGGGAGUAACAAUAGCCGAGAAGUGGAGCCUCUCAGUAAUUAGCAUUUAGCCACUGCUGCCUUUUACUGUGCAUUGAACUGUCCCAUCCCAUCUCCUGAAGAGUUAGGUUCUCAGAGGGCUUAGGCCCACAUUUUGAACUUAACACCCUCUCUCUAUCUUGCCUACGCUAUCAAUGUAGUGAUUGAGAGGGCCUUCCUGCUUUCUGAGGGCUCUCACCAGUGAAACUGAGGUUUGUGUGUGUGUGUCUGUGCGUCUGUGUGUUUGGGAGAGAGAGAGAGGUCAAAACAAGA